CUCCGCGUCCAAGCCUGGUCGCUCCUCUGAGCCGCCCAAUCUCACUUCGUCGUCGCCACCUGCGAUGUAUGUGAGCUCACACGCUUCAUCAUCUACAUGACAAGCCACGCAUUAGGCUUCUAUGUCGGCAUCGUCUAUAUCCAAAUGGGCAUCGAGCUCCUCAUUCUCGAGUCUGAGCCACUACUGCUUGACAAUGCCACAGGGUGGCUCACCGUUCACGUCACCAUCCUCUUUACCGUCUCCGUCUACUUCGUGUCAACCAUCGGAAACGCGACUCACCUGCCAUUUCGUACCCGCUACUUCAUCUCGUCGUUUGCGUUCGCUGACGGCUGCGUCCUUGAACCGGCGUCAGCCAUUUUCCCGAAAACUGUUUGCCCAAGGUGCCGAUUGAGCGGCUGCACAUCACAAAGUUGCUCUUCUCCACAAUGGACCGACGCUGGUUCGUUGCAUUUCUGGAUCAUUGAGGUCAAACGGGUUUUCGGGGGCGUGCCGCUCUGCUUUCCCAUCAUGGUUUCUUCUACCUUGACCACAACGUCAGCUUCGUCAAGGCCCAAGCGAGGCAAAUGCCCUUGUCAAGGCCCGCUGGCUUCCAUUAGGAUUUUUUCCCCUCGGUAUCACGACGCUCGUCAGUGGCUUUCUGGGACUACCUGCACCCAACGAGUUUGUGCCGCAGUGCUCAUGGAUCACCGAGGCGUUGUCCGUCUUCAAGCAAAUUUGAGCAAGUUGAGGGAGGGAACAAAGACUGCGACGACGACGACGACGGUAACGGCGAGAUGGGACACGUGCAGUAGAACAAGAGCAGAGGCAAGGACAGAGGCCAACCGCACGCCAUCAACACAUUGAGGAUUGUCGAGGACCGGCCCGCUCACCUCGUUGUCGGCCUGCUUACGUUGGACAUGGUAACGAGGUCGCUUCUCGUCGUUCUGGGCACAACGCCGCGAGCCAUCUUUGCUGACAUCUUUCUCCUCAUCGGCUGGCCAAGCAUUGAAUGGGACAUCAUCACACAG